AAGACCCUAAUUAGCCACCUACAGUUUGCUCACGCAGCAAAAGAAGCUCCAAAUACCAAACCUGAUUAACUAGAAAUCAUGGCCAGUCUUCCCACUGUCCUCCUCGCCGCCUGCACAGCCCUCCUGGCCCUCGCCGCGCCAUUGCUCGCCGGUGACCCUGACAUGCUCCAGGACUUCUGCGUCGCCGAAUACAAGUCCCUCGAAGGCCAGAAUGUUACCGGUGCAGCACUGCGUGUGAACGGUUUCCCGUGCAAGAGGCCGGAGAAUGUGAUGGCGAACGACUUCUUCUCCGACGUGUUAUCCCUCCCAGGCAACACCGGCAAUCCGGUCGGUUCUGCGGUGACGGCGGUGAACGUGGACAAGCUCCCAGGACUCAACACCCAAGGCAUGUCCAUUUCUCGCGUUGACUACGCGCCUUGGGGCGUGAACCCGGCACACACUCACCCUCGAGCCACCGAGAUCCUCUUCAUGGUCGAGGGCUCACUCACUGUGGGCUUCGUCACCACCGCCGGCAAUCUCUUCACCCGGACUGUCUGCAAGGGCGAGCUCUUCGUCUUCCCUCACGGCCUCGUCCACUUCCAGCGGAACAACGGCGGCACACCAGCCAUGGCGAUCUCGGCGUUCAACAGCCAGCUUCCCGGUAUUCAGUCCGUCGCCGUGUCACUGUCAAGGGUGUCGCCGUCGAUGCCCACCGAUGUGCUGGCCAGGGCGUUCCAGAUCAACGCCGGCAUGGUGGACGCCGUCAAUUCCAACUCCGCGCCUAUGUACUAGGCGUGCAUGAUGCAUGCAGUUGGAUGGAUCGUACGAUCCCUGUCUACGUACCGCGCCAAUAAAUCAUCCGCCGUUCCUGGAGCCAUUUCGAUAUGGGCACCUGAACAAACCCCGUGCUAUUAAUUUUUUUUUUGAUAGUAUGUAACAUUGAUCUCCAGAAUUUUCUCUAAUCUGUCAAAGUCGCAAAAUUAUGGUGCAAAACAUUUCCCCAAUGAUGCAAAAUAAUUCCAAAUAUGUAA